AUGGAAGGCCAGAACAUCUCGAGUCUUGAUCAAGAUUCGACUCCGAGGAGCGUGGUUAAAGAUUUUAGGGUGUUCGUAGCAACGUGGAAUGUUGGAGGCAAAAGCCCAGAUUACGCACUGGAUCUCGAAGAUUUCUUGCAUGUCGAUGGACCUGCAGACAUAUAUGUGUUAGGGUUUCAAGAAAUUGUACCCUUAAGUGCUGGUAAUGUGUUGGUGCUCGAAGACAAUGAACCAGCAGCAAGAUGGAUCGCACUGAUCAGCCAUGCACUCAACAAAGCAACACGUCCGAACCCAGGCUCGAACCAUACGACCCACGACCUAAAACCCAAGUUAUUUCAUAAACCAUCGAUGAAAAACCUAAGUAGAAAUAUAAAGGCAGAUGGUGGCCUUCUCAAAGCCUGCAAUUGCGAAACGAUCACCUCAUCAUCGGCAUCGAACAAAAUGCGAUCCGGAUCGGUUUCAUUUCGAUCAACAAUUGACGAUUUGUUAUCGGUGACUCCAAUGCCUUACUGUCUUGUAGCCAGCAAACAGAUGGUUGGACUCUUUCUUUCGGUUUGGGCUCGAAAAGAGUUGGUUCAACAUAUCGGACAUCUCGGGAUCUCUUGUGUCGGAAGAGGAAUCAUGGGGUAUCUCGGAAACAAGGGGUGUAUAUCGAUAAGCUUUACAUUACAUCGUACGAGCUUUUGCUUUGUGUGCAGUCACUUGGCAUCCGGCGAGAAGGAAGGCGAUGAAGUUAGGAGAAACUCGGAUGUCGCAGAAAUCUUGAAGAACAGCCAUUUCCCACGAAACUGCAAGAAUCCCGGUCGCUAUUCGCCUGAAAGAAUCAUCGAUCAUGAUAGAAUAUUGUGGCUUGGAGACUUGAAUUAUAGAAUGGCUUUAAGCUACGAGGAAACGAGAACGCUGCUAGAGAAUAACGACUGGGACGCUCUUUUGGAGAAGGAUCAGUUGAACAUGGAGAGAGAAGCAGGAAGAGUUUUCAGUGGUUGGAGCGAAGGAAAGAUAGGUUUCGCUCCAACCUACAAAUAUUCACAUAAUUCGGAUUCUUAUGCCGGAGAGACCGUCAAGUCCAAGAAAAAACGACGAACUCCAGCAUGGUGUGAUCGGAUAUUGUGGCGUGGAAAUGGGAUUGAACAAUUAUUGUAUAUACGAGGAGAAUCGAGAUUCUCGGAUCAUAGACCGGUUUGUGCGGUGUUCGCUAUCGAAACCGAGAUGAAGAAUAAGUGUAUGAGGCUUCGAAAGGGCUUCUCGUAUGCUACUGGCUCGAUAUUAGAGUGUGAAGAUUGCAUGCCUAAACGGCAUAGUUUUGGGUUUAUUUAA